AUGUCGAGCUCGUCCACCACCGUCACUGUCACUGCCUCCCCAGCCUCCAGCCUCAAGAUGUCGGCCAAGUCGCCCAGGUCGCAGGUCGCCGUCCUUCGCCUUGCGCCUUCGCUGCUCGCGCGCUUCCCGUCUGACGGCCCCGUCCGUAAAAACUCGCGCUCCAAGUCGUCUUCGUCGGCCACGCCCAUCGACACGCCUACAGACCCCAUGGUCGUAGAGCCCGCCGAGCUGCAGUCUGCCCCCGACGCCGAUGCUGCAUCCGCCGUCAACGGCUCCACGCCAGCCCUCGACAACAACUCGCUCGCGCCUCCGCAGAAUGGUGCAAAGAGGAAGGGCAUACCCGGUCCGAAGCCUGGCUCGAAGCGCACGGCUGGACAGUCCAACGACGGUACCCCCAAGCCUCGCGGCAAGCCCGGCCCCAAGAAGAAGCCUCGCGUUGGCGAGGCUGCCGAGACCCCCAUGAACGGCGUGAUGCCCAUCUCAGCCCAGAAGCUCGGUCCCAAAGCCAACCAAGGUGCCAUCAAUGCUGGUCUUCGUGCCCUCGACCGAUCUGGCAAGCCCUGCCGCAAGUGGGAAAAGAAAGGAUUCCAGCUCAAGAGCUUCACCGGCAUCGCCUGGUCCGUCCCGACAUGGCGUUCGCCGAAGAAGUCGACUGUCGACGAGAACGGCGACGUCAAGAGCGAUACCACCAGCAGCAGCGAGACUGCAAAGAUCAACGAGAGUAGUGCCGUGCCAAGCGAGAAGAGCAGCAUCGCCGGUCUCCUGGAUACUCCGAACAGGUCUCAUCCGCUUGCUCAUGGUGCGAGCUCACCAUUGCCCGAGAUGACACCCGUGUAG